AUGCCCAAGAUGAUAUCCGAGUCAACAGAAGCAACUGCGUACAAGACACGUGAAACGAUUCGCAAAACGUUUGGAGUAAUGAUCAACGAUCUCAUCAAGUCUGGUACAAGUGAUAAUGGUGUCAACAUGGCUUCAAAACACUCAGCAUAUACGGGGAUUCGAAAUGCUCUCUUCUUUGCUUCGCUCGGGUGGGAUCCAACAGAUUUAGCGACUCUCUUAUCCGAGUAUCUUCAAACAAUUUGUGGUCCUACGCAAUUUAUGGGCGAAAUUGACGACGGCAAUGAGUACGAGACUCUAGGCAUGAACGCGCUUCACAAAGCAUUCAAAAACAGCUCACUUUCAUGGACCAAAAAGGGUGAUGGUGCCGUCAUUCUCAACUUUAAAAGCCUGGACACCAAGAACGUAUCGAUAAACAUCAUGUCCGGGGGAGACAAGAUCGACGAAGUUUUUUUAAGAAAUGGAAGUACUGCCCAGUGGAGGGCAAACAUUACAGAACUUGGUGGCAAGACGUUGUACCUGGAUCGGUGGCAUCCGGGCAUUUUUGGGAUCCCUUCUACAGGUGGUGGAUCACUAGUCCUGUGGGUACCUAUAUCACGUCAAGGUGGCCAUUUAGAUCUGAAUGUCCAAUUGAACGCGACCUAA